AUGUCUAAUAUUGUGCACUCUAUAGAAUAGAAUGGAAAUACUACUAGACUUUCAGUAAUAGAUCCAGGAUCGUAUCUAUUUCCACAUUUACAAAGAUUUUUUAAGAGACCAAGCAGUUUGAGUCCCAUAAAAAUGGCUUAAGCAGAUGCAUAUUCAUAAAAUCAAGGCAUACUAAGUGCAUAGCCGACUCUUAGUAAUUUCAACUCUAUAGCAAUUAACGCACAUGGUAAUCCCUAGACCACUAGAACACCAAAUAUUAUCAACCAACGAAGUGAGACAAUGCUUGCUUAAAUCAGAAAUAUCCCUCUGAGAAAUAAAUAUAUCCAAUCUAUUAACUGUGAAAAUCUAUCCUCUGUUACCUAGAGGCUUUAAGUAAAAUCACUUUAAAAAAGACUAAAGAAGCGUAAAAAAUACCUAAUAAAGAAUGAGCAUAUUCCUCAAAUCUAAACUAUACCACCUCUAACUUAAAAGGUCUCUGUGUUAAGAAGUAAUAUUGAAGAAGCACUCGGGUUGCCGAAGCAUGAUGACUAUUAAAAUAAAAGGAAUACCCCUUUCAUGAAUGAUAGUAAACAAUCAACACCUAUAAAGUUUCUCUCUUAAAUAUAACUAUCAUAGCCUAGAGGAGCAUACCAACUAUUUAAAACAGACAAAUUCGAUUUCACUAGAACCAUUGUCAACUUUUAGUAAAAAGAACUUUAGCUGAGAUAGCCAGAUCCACCUCUUAGCAGUCAACCCAGCCUAAAGGAAGGCUUAAUCAAAAGGGAAAGAAAAAGCAAAAAGCAGUUGCCUAAAACUAAGAGUUAAACAGUAUUACAGCUGGAAUAGUAAAGAUAGAAGUUCGCAUAGUUAAUGAAUGUUAAUUAUGAUGAGUAGUUCAGGUCUCUUGAGAGAGAUAUCAAAAAGAUAAAUCCAGAAAAGUUUGAGCGCAAGGCUAAGAUCAGACAGCACUCAGUAAAAUUUAUAGAUCAGAUUGAAUCUGAUUACUAUUGA